AUGACGGCGGACAUUGAAAAAAUGUACCGCCAAAUCAUGGUUCAUCAAGAUGAUCGCCAAUUCCAACAAAUUUUGUGGCGGAAUGAUGCGUCAGAACCUUUGAAGGCCUUCCAGUUGAACACCAUAACGUACGGAACCUCGUGUGCACCAUUCCUUGCCACGAGAGUCUUAAACCAACUAGCCGAUGACGAUGGAAAGGAGUAUCCGCUAGCCUCACAGGCAGUAAAGCGAGACUUUUAUGACGACGAUCUUCUCACCGGCGCGAACAGCAUCGAAGACAUGAAAGAAAUUGCGAGGCAGCUCAUCGAAUUGUUGGAUGGUGCUGGAUUUUCUCUACGAAAAUGGAGUUCCAAUGAUACUGCGUGCAUUAUAGAUAUUCCAGAGGAACACUGGGAAAGGCAACCGCAACUCGAACUGGAUCGUUCGCCAUCAAUUAAAACGCUCGGACUCCUCUGGUUUCCAACUGCGGAUGUGUUUGGGUUCAACAUUCCGCAAUUAUCCACAAUUGAAAAGGUAACCAAAAGAGUAGUAUUGUCCGAAAUUUCACAACUGUUUGACCCGCUGGGUCUUGUUGGACCGAUUGUUAUAAGCGCUAAAAUGUUUAUACAACGGUUGUGGCUGGAAGAUCUCCAGUGGGAUGACGAAUUGCCCGAAGAGUUACGAUCCUGGUGGCUAUCCUUUAGAGUGUCUAUCGAUGUGCUGCAGGAAAUUCGUGUUCCUCGUUGGGUAUUAGGCACUGGUAUAAUCGACUACCAACUUCAUUGUUUUGUUGACGCCUCAGAGAAAGGAUAUGGAGCUUGGCUUUACGUCGUUGCAAGCGAUUCAAAUGGUCCAAAAUUCAGUAAUUUACUCAUCGCCAAAUCUCGUGUUUCUCCAAAAAGUGGCGAAACUAUGCCACGGUUAGAGCUUUGCGCUGCCCGUCUGGGAUGUCAAUUGAUAGAUACGAUUCUUCAGACGACCACAUUCGCUGGAACCAAUUUUGUGGUCCGAUUCAACCAUUGUUCUGCACUGGAUUCGCUCACCCCCGUCGAAGUGGAAGAUAUUCGUAUCCAACCGUAUUGCCGAGAUUCAUCGACUUACCCAAGACUCCCAGUGGCGGUAUGGUCCUACAGCACUCAAUCCUGCCGACUGCUUAUCGAGAGGACUCCAGCCCGAUGA